GGCGCUCUUGCCCGGCAAAGGUGACGGGGAUGGGCGCGCCUCCCCCGCGACGGCCCCCACCCCCAUUCGCGGGUUUCCGGAGCUCCGGCCGCCCACCCGCCAGCCGGGCUGGGCUGCCGAGGGGAGACGGCAGCCGGCCGGCCGGCGCGCCUGGGUCUCGGUUGCAGGGACCGCCCGAGGCUGCUCUAGGUGGGGGAGACUGCGGGGCUCACCUGGAGGUGCCACCGUCUGAGCGCCCCUGCCCUGGCCGGGCACCCCCUUGCCUGCUCGCUCUGGGGGCGGCUGCAGCACCGGGUGGUAGAGAAGCCCCCGCUGGCGCUACGUGCGGGAGGCUCCGUAAAGCCGGCUGGAUGGACAGGCUCCAGUUUUGCACGAACUACCUGAAAGAUGGAAUCUUUUUUUGAAAACGGAAGAAACAACUGUUGGUUACUUGAUUUUUGUGUUAAAAACUGUUUACCUCUCCUUACCUAAAAAUAAAUGAUUCACUGCCAAAAAUAAGUGUUUCCUUUUUUUUUUUUUUUUUUCUUGUGAACCUCCCCUUUGGCUUUUCUCCUUUAAGCUUGUUGCCAUAACCCUCUUGAUAAAACAGAAUUGCACAUAGGCAUUGCAGAGGCAGUUGUUUUAAGGUACAGUAAUUGUUUUACGGCGUUUGGAAGUGGCGCACUUAUAACUUGAUGGUGUAGAAUCAGUGCUUGGUUAGGAAAUGACCUUGCAAUUUACAAAAUGGACACCUCUGUGCCUUGGUUUCCUUAUAUGUAAAUGGAGACUACCCAUUUAUGUCAUUGAGUAGUAUGCAUAAAUUCAAUAAAGAUGUUUUUGUAAUGCUUUUAAAUUUUUAGAUAUUUUAACUGAUGGAUAAUGAAAAUAUUUCAGGGUAAAAUACAAGAUAAAAACGUCAUUAGAAUAUCACCUGGCGUGUUAGAAUGGCUGAUUUAUAUUGAAUUUUGCCUUGGAGAUAUAGGGCUAUAAAUUGAAAAAUGUUUCUCAUCCAUAAAGAGUUUUUAAUGAUUGCAAAUUUAAUAGGUAUUGUAGUUAGUACCUAUAUGUAGAUAUAACUAUGAAUAUAGUUCAUAUUCAUGAAAAAAGUUAUAUGACUUGAUAAUAAACAAGUAGAAUCUUGAAUUCAGUUUGUAAAAAUAAAAUUUUUUUCCUAAAAAACAUUAAGGCUUUUUUAAUUGAAAAAUUUACAGAUGACAUGAUCCGAAAUACAUUUACACCUUACAUUUGUAAGGUGUGGUAUGGAGUUUUGUUUAGGUUUAUAAAUAAUUCCAUAUUCAGAUGCAGUGAAUUAAUGUUGUAUAAUACUAUAUUACACUUUUUUUUUUCAUUUUCAGAAUAGUUUAAGGUAUCCAUUUCCAAGUGUUUGGUUUUCAUUAUCACAGAGAUAGUAAUAGUAACUUUUGAUCUCCUUAUUGGAAUAUUAUUAACUCAGUUAAUUUUCAUAGCAAAAGUUACUAUUAAAAUAUAUUAUUAGAACUUUUACCAAAGCUGUAUUUUUGGUUACUUUGUGGGGAAGCUUCAUAUAGAUGAUGAGUUUAUUCAAACGUCUUUAAAAUUACUAAUGUGUAGCUUCUUUUUUUGAGAAUGAAUUUGAUUAAAUUUUUAAUGUUUUCUCAAAUGAUCACCUUAAAAUUCAGCUGUAAUUUUCACUUGGGUAAAUACAGUUAAUUAAAGGUUUUUCUAAGAUUCUUGAGGACAGAAACUAUCCUGAAUCUUACUGUCAAAAAUCUAAAAUGGCUAGCAUAGUGUUUAGCAAAUAGUAGGGCCUCAUUUUUGUUGUUAUGAGACAAAUAGAAUGAGUGAAGAAUAUCCAUUUAUUUAGUGGAUUGAAUAGAAAUUUUUAAAAACACAUUUAUGAAUAAAUUUUAAAUCAUGAAAUACAGCUUUCUUUCAGGAGAAAAGAGAAAAAUGCUUUGGAGUUUCUUUGAACUUUUUUUACCUGCUCAAUUAGAAUUCCUUUAUUCCCAUUUUUUGGAAGAGUACUAAAUAUCUGUAUACAAUAAUGUGAGGGAUUGUCAACCUUUCAUUCAUAAAAUGAUUAAUUUUCUUACCUCUUCUAGGUCACUUCAUGAAAAUAUGCAUUAAAGGUUUUUUGUUGUUUUUCCUAAAUUAGAUAAGUAUAGAAAUGUUUUGGUUCUUUUUUGCUUACUUCAGUUUUCCAGUGAAAUAUUAUUAAAAUGAUGUAUGUUAAUUAUCUCCUGUGAGAAAUGUGCCUGAAUACCAAGUUUUAAAAAUAAGUGACCCUGAGGUAGAGCUUUUUAUGAAGUGAAGAAUCUUUGAAUUUUUAAUUUAUCACAUUCAGUUUAUAAUUUUGAGUCUUUGUGUAUUGCUGUUUCCUAAUUUAGUAUUUUUAGAUCUUUAUUUUAAUUUAGAUUUUUAUUUUAAAAUUUGUAAAAUAGUUUGGAAUUGGGAACUUCCUCAAAAACAAUAUUCUUGGUGGUUAGAUUUGCAGGCAGCCCACCA